UCAGCAGGAGCAGGAUUUUCUGCUUCCAUUUCUCAGUCCAAGCUCAAUUUCAGAUACCAGGAAUUGAGGAACGGUACCAAGAAUUUUGACACAUCCAACAAGCUUGGGCAGGGCAGCUAUGGAACUGUUUACAAGGCUGUACUUCCUGAUGGAAGAGAAGUUGCGGUGAAGAGGUUGUUCCUGAAUACAAGACAGUGGAUUGAUCAGUUCUUAAAUGAAGUGGAUCUGAUCAACUGCCUCCACCACAAAAAUCUAGUGAAAUUGCUUGGUCGCAGCACUGAUGGCCCCGAAAGCUUGCUUGUUUAUGAGUAUUACUUCAACAAGAGCCUGGAUCAGAUUAUAUUUGAUCAUAGCCGAGCAAAAGUUUUACACUGGGAGAAGAGAUUGGAUAUUAUUCAAGGGGUGGCAGAAGGUCUCUCUUAUCUCCAUGAGGAGUCAGAAAUCCGAAUUAUCCACAGAGACAUCAAAGCAAGUAAUGUUCUUCUUGAUGAUAAUUUUAAGCCCAAGAUAACAGAUUUUGGACGUGCAAGAUCUUUUGCAGAGGGUCUAAUCCAUCUUAGCACUGGAGUAGCAGGAACACUAGGAUACAUGGCUCCUGAGUAUGUAUUUCAUGGCCACCUAACUGAGAAAGUUGACUUAUACAGCUUUGGAGUUCUGAUUCUUGAAGUAGUAACAGGUCAAAGGUGCAGCAGCGAGGUGGGAUCACAGGGACGGAAAUCUUUCUUAGCAAGGGUAUGUAACUAAUUUUCAUUCUCAGAAUGCCAAAGGUAAUUUGCGGGCUUUUUAUCUUUGUGUGUCAUUCUGGAAAUCACAAUAUAUGCUAAUUGUCUACAACUCAACUCAUCAUUUUUCCAUCUAAACGGAGUUGGCUACAUGAAUACUUUUUAUCCAUUCAGCUCUAUUCAAAGUCAUACUUGUUACUAGUCCUAAGCUUUACAUGUAUUUCCUCACUUCUCCUAGAGUCAGUUUAGGUCUACCCCAGGUUCUUUUAGCUAAUUGUCUCUACAGAGAAUAUAUCACCCAUGUUUUCAGGUCCUAGGCUGCAAGUGCAUA